AUGAAUUCCAACAGCAAAUCUCCUGUUUCCGGCGAUUUUACCGCUAAAAAAGCAAACGGAAAAGAUGUUGUCUCCUCCGGCGAGCCUGUCGAACAAGCCGUCCAAACCAGUGUCUCUCUCUCAUCCGCCCUCUCCGGUGAUCUCAAAAAGAAGAAACCAAACGGCAAGGCCGUCGUCUCUUCCGCCGCGCCGAUCAGACGUACCGACCAUUCCGGUUUCUUUUGCGUCAACGCUGACUCCGGCGAUCUUAUGCUGAAGAAAGCAAACGGCAAGGUCGUUGACUCCUCCUCUGAGACGACCAAACAUCACGGCGGAUCUGGUGUCUCCUCCGCCAAAGUUGAUGACGUGCUGUUCUUCAAAGAUGUCAAGCUCGGACCACAAGAAGGCGAGCUAAGGUUUCGUCUGAUCCAUUACUGGGAGGCUCGGAACGCAUUCUCGAAGACACUUAUUGGUCUGGAGAUGCUUCUAAUUGACGAACAGGGUACUGUGAUCCAAGGAUUCAUCCCACCGAGAAGGAUUGACACUUAUUUGCCACAUAUGAUUGCUGGUUCCAUCUACAGGCUUAUUAGAUUUUAUGGAUCUAAAAGCAAGAAUGUGUUCCGUGUUGCUGAUCCAGACGUGACCAUAUCUUUCACAUGGAAUUCUGUUCUUUCUCCUCUAGAGAACAGUCCGGUUCAGUUUCCUGAAGAUCGGUUCCGCUUCUAUGGGCAUGAAGAGUUUGAAGCGGCAUGUGACCUCAAGGGGGCUGUUUAUGGUGAGUUCUCACUUGAUUUUGUGUUUGAUACUGAUUUAGAUUUUGUUGGUCACAUUAAACUGGUGAAUGAGCAAGUUCUGAAUGACGGUAUUGUGCUUGAUGAAGGUGAUAAAGCUUCUACUCAGCGUGUUUUGGUUCAUGUCCAAACACAUGAUGGUCCUGUGAUGAAGCUUAAUCUAUGGGACAAGGCUGCCACUGAUUUCUAUGAGAAGUUCAAGGCGCAUGGAAACACUCAGAGUGUAAUUCUGGUGACCACUGUCAACCCGAAACGAUUUGGAGGCGCUCUAAACCUAUCAUCUAUGUCAUCUUCCCGUGUGUUUUUUGACAUGGAUGUUCAGCCAACCAGAGAUUAUCUGACUUGGUUAAACUCGAACACGGAAGUUGCUAACAGGGUUAAUCCUGAGAUUGUCACCAAAGCUGAGAUAGCUACUAUAGGAGACAUCUUCUCCUACAUGAAGCGAGAAGGAGCAAAGGUUGCUUGGUUUGAAUGCACUGCCACCAUUGAUGAUGUCGUCCAUGGUUCAGCAUGGUAUUAUAUCUCUUGCGGUGGGUGCAAAACUAAAGCCACCAAAGGGCAUACCACUCUUAUGUGUAAGAAAUGUGGGAAAGCCGAAGUUACCGGUGUUGCAGAGUACCUCACGAAGCUCUCUGUUUAUGACAAUAAUGACCAAGCACGUUUUGUGCUUCUCGGUGAUGCUGGGCGUGAGUUAACUGGCAAGACAGCCGCUGAGUUGGUUGCAAACUACUUUGAGGCCAAUGUGGACGUAGAUGAGGAUCAUGUAAUCCCAGUGCCCCAAGAUCUGAUUGGUACGAUUGGUCAAACGCACAAGUUCGUUAUCAAGGUUUCAAAGCACAAUUUGGAAGGCAAGACACAAGCUUUGACUGUCACAAAAGUACUCACUCCUGAUGCUUCAGUACUUGAAGACAAUGCAGAAGAAAGCGUGGAUGAUGAACCUGCCGAUGAGAGGAAGGAAGUUGCAGAUGAGUCAGUGAAAAGGAGUUCUGAUGGGGUUGAGUCUGGUGAGGUUAAGCGUGCCAAAUGUGGCUGA